ACUUCACUUUAUUGCUGCAUAGCGUUGCAGGAAUGUAACUUUUAAGUAUUUGCUGAUAUAAAUUCAAAUGGUGACCUUUUUUUUGGCCAUGCAGUGUAUUUCACUGUGAGCAAGUGGUGCUGUUACAGUUUACUGCCAGUAGGGGGUGUCGUUAGCGUCAGCAGCAGCUGAAUUUAACAUUGUCAUUCUUUUUACCUGUUAUAGUUUUCCAAAUGCAAUAUAUUUUGUGAGUUGGAUUUCUUGCAAAUUAAAGUGUAAAAUUCAGAUUCGAUUAACAUGUUCUUUAAAUGCAUGUAGAUGGAGUUUUUUUAAUUCAGAUGUGACUGUUGACAUCACUGGGGAAUUGGCAAGGGAGUUUGGGAAAUUCAGAUUCCAUUCCAGUCAGACGUGACUCUGGCUAAAACAUGCAAAGUGCUCUGAGGAGAGGGGUGCUAAAAAUUACUUGCUUCAAUCCUAUUUACAGUAACACAAAAACACUAUUAUUCAUUGGCAUUUCCACGGUGUUUAAAUGCUGUGAUCAUUCUCAAUAGAUUUUAAAAAGUUUUAAUGUUAUUUGCCAAAGAACCUUUUGCAUGCAAACAUCCAUCAGUCUAUCCAUCCAUCUUCUAACCUCUUAUUCUGCUCGGGGGGGUCAUUUCAGGUCUUUUGUAAACAUGAGUUCCAGAGAAAAUAUUUUUUUUUAACCUCUGGGUUGAUUAAAAGUUGAGAGAGCUUUUAUUGCCGUACAGCGAGGUUCAGUGUGUGGUUCCUAGAAUUACAAAAGUAAAUAUUACCUCAGAAACAUUUACACAUUUACCCAAAAUGCAGUUAUGAAACGUGGAAUGUGCAGGAAUGCGUGUGUGUGUACGUCUGGCCAUGUACACAACAGCAAUAUGCUUUCAUGUUAAGGUGCAAUGGAUAAAUCAGAAAGUGCUUGCAGUCCAAUAGUACAGUGAGUAAUGUACAGUAUGAGAUGAAUAUUGACUGUGAGCUAAGUAUUUACAGUCCAUGAUGUAAUAAAUAAUAACCAGUACUGUGAGUGAGUCUUGGUAGAAUUGGCUGAUUGCCUGAUUUAGAUUGCUACUGGCUUUUGGAUAGAAACUGAACCUCAUCCGGAUAGCGUGGGCUUUGGUUCUCUUGUAGCGCCUACCAGAGGCCAGAGGAUGAAGAGGUGAUGCCUGGGGUGUGUGGGAUCGCUGGAGAUGGUGGUCGCUCUGCUGAGGCACCGGCUGCUGUAACUGUUCUACACUGAGGGCAGUGGCACAGUGAUAAUUCUCUAGGCACCGCUGCGGACUCCCUGCAGGGCUUCUCUCUCUGGUCCCUGCACUCUGCAGCUGGUAUGUACCAUGCUGAGAUGCAGUAGGUGAGAAUGCUCUCCAUGCUCGAUGUGGCAAGCAGGUUGGAAAAGGUUGGGCCAGUCCCCAUAGGUAGACAGUAAAAUCCCCUAAACUCCAUGGAGCAAAGCCAACACAUGCAACUUUAACGAUCCCAAAGGGGAAAUUCUUCAUAAGGUAUAUAAUGGACAGUAUACACUCAGCUGACCCCAUUUAAUCACCAAUGGUAAUAAGGUGCAGGUUUACUUAAUGAAUGACCUUGUCACAUGGGUUCACCUUGCCACAUCUCGUCUUCCAAAAAGACAAUAAUAUUUGGUAACAGGAUGUUUUUGUCAUCCAAUGGUCCAUGGAUUUCGAAUUUAAAUGGGAUACAAAUAUAUUAAAUAUCACAAAAAAUAAAAUUACAACGGCCAUAGCCUAUUCCACAUGAAUGAACCCAGGUAAUAGUCCUACUGCACUGUUCCCAGUAGCCCCCUACUGGUGAGUCAUCGUUAGUACAAUCACCUUCUACGUUACGCCGCGUCGGUGCAUGAAAAAUGCGUUAAAGUUGACGAGUUUUUAAUGGUCAUGGAUACGUUAUUGCGUUAAACGGUGAACCAGUUGCCCUGCAAAGUUUUGACUCUGAAAUUCUCUGUAGUUGUCUCUAAAUUUCUGAACAAUCAAGGAAAUAAAAAUCAUAGAUAAAAUGAAAGAAGUAAAAUAUAUCAUACUCCCAUUAACAAGUGAUAGUGUAAUUGUAAGUAUAGGAAAACAUUUAGUUAGUCAUAGUAUGAGUCGUUUCGCUGCAUCGACCACUAUGGGAUAGGGUCCAGGUUCCCCCACUGGAUAGGCUAUUGGAAGAUGGAUGGAUGAAUUCAAUAGUUUAGCAGGAAACAUCUACAGCCUCUAUUGGGUUUCAUAGGAGAGUAGCCUACGUAUCGAAUUAUGGGUGUGAGUCUCACCCUCUGAGACGACACAAUACGCAUCUAAAUGCAUAGGAUACAAAAAAGAUACAGAUACAGGAAAUGCAACGUUUCCAUAAGCUUAUAAUUCAACCACUGACUUGUGUCGUAAAACUCGUUUUCAUACAAACUAUUAUUUUGCAGCAGAAGGAUUUUGUGAAAGGUGAAUCCGUGUAAUUUCUGACAGGAAUGUGCAUUUAAUGCGUUAUAUAUCCAGGAGCGUUCCAAGCUCUCCGGGCCGAUGAAAAGGGGCAGUGUUUCUCUGGAAAGCCGCCCCCUUUGUAAGCCGUGCAGACGUCCGGGACUCAGUCAGACCCAGAGAAGAUACCGAAAGAUCCGGGGAAACCACGAUCCCCCGAGAGGCUGCACCCAGACCAGCAGAGCAAACCCAAUGCGCUUCUUUUCUCCGCGCUUUUCUUUAUUUCUUACUUAGAUCGACUGUAAUUUUUUUUUUCCUUCUGAUCAAUUGAGUCAUUGGCCUGGAGAUGAAGCAGCCGGGAUGGUGGCGACCUUCAGCCGCCGGAACAGCUGUACUUGUGGGCUUUUGGCUGCCAUUCUGCCUGAGCCAGGAGUCGCCCUCCCCCCCGCCUCAGGGCAGCACCCUCAAGUUCCGGCUGGCGGGUUACCCCCGCAAACACAACGAGGGCCGCGUGGAGAUCUUCUACAAGGGAGAGUGGGGCACCAUCUGCGACGACGACUUCACCAUAGCCAAUGCCCAUGUGCUGUGUCGUCAGCUGGGCUUCGUCACCGCCACGGGCUGGACGCACAGUGCCAAGUACGGCAAGGGGACAGGGAAGAUCUGGCUGGAUAAUGUGCAGUGUGGCGGCAGCGAGAAGAGCAUCGGGCUGUGCCGGUCCCGUGGCUGGGGAAACAGCGACUGUACCCACGACGAGGACGCUGGCGUGAUCUGCAAGGAUGAGAGGCUGCCUGGCUUUGUGGACUCCAACAUCAUCGAGGUGGACGAGAACCACUUCGAGGAGGUGCGGCUGCGGCCCCUAGCAGAAGGGGGUGCGAGGCGGAUGCCCAUCACAGAGGGAGUCGUGGAGGUGAAGCUGCAGGACAGCUGGACGCAGAUAUGUGGCCAGGGAUGGAGCCCGAAGAACUCCCGGGUUGUCUGUGGGAUGAUGGGCUUCCCCAGCGAGAGGAAGGUUAGGAGCACCUACAAACAAGUUAAACAGAUGAAAAAGAGAGCCGCAAAGCCCAAGGCUGCUGCUUCCUCAUCAUCCAGGGCUACUUUGAAAGUUAAAUCUCAUUCUAAAGCGAGCAACCCCAGGCCUCAGAAAAGGCACACAAAUGGCUUCCGCAUCCACUCUGUCGCCUGCACGGGGAACGAGGUGCACCUGUCUGUCUGCCCCCUGGAAAUCGCCAAGCGCAACAGCAGUGCCCCCUGUACCGGCGGAAUGCCGGCUGUGGUCAGCUGCAUGCCAGGACCCCUGUUCUCACAGGUCAAUGGCCAGAAGAAGAAGACCAAGACUGUGACCAAAGUGAGGCUGAAGGGGGGUGCUAAGAUUGGGGAGGGCCGCGUGGAGGUGCUGAAGAACAGGGAGUGGGGGACAGUGUGCGACGACCGCUGGAAUCUGCAGGCGGCCAGCGUGGUGUGCAGAGACCUGGGCUUCGGCAGCGCCAGGGAGGCCCUGACGGGGGCGCGCUUGGGCCAGGGGAUCGGCCCCAUUCACAUGAACGAGGUCAUGUGCACUGGUACCGAGAAGUCCAUCUGGAACUGCCCCUUCAAAAACAUCACGUCAGAGAACUGCAAGCACGCCGAAGAUGCGUCCGUCAGGUGCAACGUGCCCUACAUGGCCUACGAGGAAACGAUGCGACUCACAGGGGGGAGGACUCGCUUGGAGGGGCGCGUGGAGGUGCUGGCGACAGACAGGAAUGGGACGGAGGGCUGGGGGCUGGUCUGUGGAGAGGGCUGGAGCACCCGGGAGGCCAUGGUGGUGUGUCGGCAGCUGGGCCUGGGCUACGCUAAGAGCGGCCUGCCAAUCCGGAUUGUUGGCGGACGCACCAACUACGAGGGUCGGGUGGAGGUUAAGGUGGGGUCCAGGUGGGGCACUGUGUGCAGUGAAGGAUGGACCACGAAGGAGGCCAUGGUGGCUUGUCGUCAGCUAGGGCUGGGGUACUCCCUGCAUGCCAUCACAGAAACGUGGUACUGGGAGAGCAGUAACAUGACGGACAUGGUUCUGAGUGGGGUGAAGUGCACCGGUGAGGAGAUGUCACUCAGUCACUGCCAGCACCACGCCACGGUCACCUGCCAGAAGGCCGCGUCGCGCUUCUCCGCCGGUGUCAUCUGCUCCGAGACGUCGUCUGACCUGGUGCUGAAUGCCCCGCUGGUCGAACAGACGGCCUACAUCGAGGACCGGCCCCUGCACAUGCUCUACUGUGCCGCCGAGGAGAACUGCCUUUCCAAGUCAGCCGCCAGGGCCAACUGGCCCUAUGGGCAUCGGCGGCUGCUCCGCUUCUCCUCCGAGAUCCACAACAUCGGCCGUGCCGACUUCCGCCCCAAGGCCGGCCGUCACUCCUGGGUGUGGCACGAGUGCCAUAGGCAUUACCACAGUAUGGACAUCUUCACUCACUAUGACCUUUUCUCAGCCAACGGCACCAGGGUGGCGGACGGCCACAAGGCCAGCUUCUGCCUGGAGGACACUGAAUGCCAGGAAGGAAUCGCAAAGCGUUACGAGUGCGCUAACUUUGGCGAGCAGGGCAUAACUGUGGGCUGUUGGGACUUGUACCGUCAUGACAUUGACUGUCAAUGGAUCGACAUCACAGACGUAAAGCCAGGCAAUUACAUACUGCAGCUUGUAAUAAAUCCUAACUUCGAAGUGUCCGAGAGCGAUUUCACCAACAACGCCAUGAAGUGUAAUUGUAAAUAUGAUGGGCAUCGGAUUUGGCUGCACAAAUGUCACCUCUAUGAUGCAUUCAGUGAAGAAGCAGAGAAGAAAUUUGAACAGUACCCUGGGCAACUGAAUAAUCAAAUUUCAUAACUUAGCCACACCUCCAAGUAGAACAUGAAGGUGGUAGUGGGUAUUUUCACUGGGUUUCUGUUGCCCGUAUAGCCAUUUUAUUUCCAUCUCAAAGAAAAUGCCCAGUUGAACAUAAACAAAACAGCUCUGAUAAGAGUUGGGUGGUGCUGAAUGUCCAUUUUUUGUAAUUUUGAGAUAUUUCCCUUUAUCAGGGAUGGUGCAGCUUAUUUACAGCAAAUGCAUGAGAUGUAAGUAGUGUUAUUCAUCUAUUUUUACAAAAAGCUACCCUGUAUUGCCAUGAAAGCUAUAGGUCCUUGUUUUGAAAAAAUAUUUUAGGAAUUAAAUUGUAAAUGAAAUGUACAAAGACUAAACAUUUUAUAUUUUUGAUUAGUUCAUCAGGAUUCUUUUUAAACCAGUUAGCCAUCCAGAGCCACUGACAUCCAUGACAUAACACGUCAUCACCAAAUGACCAGACCUCUAUUGUGUUUAGAAUAAAAAAUACUGAUCUUACAAAAAUGUUCACUUGCAUGUCUCAAAAUAAAUUGUAAUUAAAACCAUAGAACAUUUGUUUUUGGUGGAUCCACCCCCAACAAUAUACUAGCGAAUAAAACCUGCCCAAAACAAAGUCCUCCAUAAAAUGUGACGUUUUGGCCCCA